AUGGCAGAGUCCUCCAUAUCUCCAAUCAACAAAAUUCUUAUAAAUAUUUACUACCCUGGUAAAUGGGUGCUUAAAGUCAACGUUUUAGAAACAGCAACUAGUCACGAUGUUAAAAAAUUUAUCAAAGAUCAUCACGUAGAACUUUUAUACAAUGGUGAAUUACUUCAUCGCUCUCACAACUUUAAAUUUUACGGACUUAAGCAGGAAGAUGUCCUAGUUAUAGUUCCAAAAACACAAGAUAUCAAUACAAUUCCACAACCUCUCGAAAAUAUCUGA